AUGCGUCAUACGCUUACAGAAACCUUCCUGUCUAUAAGCACAUGCGGUACCCUCCACCCCAAUCGACCGGCUUAUUUCAGUUACUCUGGCCUUGCUCGAAGCCUUAGCCCAGCAAUCCGGACAAAUGUCACCAAAGUUAGUCCAUGCAAUCGGGUCAGUCUUGCUACAACCCCUACAUCAUCAUUCCGAUUUGUCAGCCUUUCCUCGUCAUGUGAAAUCCUCUUAUCACCGUUCACUCACACUCCACCAGGACUCAGUUACCAGGCCGCCUAA